AUAUCAGCAAAGCGCGCAGGAAACAAGGAGACUAUGAGAAAACGCAGCCGCUCCAUAAAACCACAUGGGUCUUUACGCGCACAGAGCCACGUUCAUAUAAGGGACUCGCUGUGGGCGCAGCGGCGGCAGCUCAAGGUUCCAGGGCGAGAGUUGAGCCGCACGGGCAGCUGAGGCACCGACGCGCACGGAUUACACAUUUACAUUUGCCUUUUCCUUUUUUUUUUGGACAAGAACAGCCACAAACUCCAGAGUGAACUACGAACAGAGACUCAACUGAGCCCCGCUGAGCAAAUCGUGAACUUUUUUUUUAUUUUUCCCAACAUGGUGCAGCACAUGAGCCACGCAGACAGCGACAGGGACUCCACGGACACGGGGGACAUGGACCUGGAGAUGGACUCUUCUCCCACUCCCGAGUCCCCCUCCUCCGCGGACAGGAGCAGCGGGGACCUGGCGUGGUGCAAAACGCCAACGGGACACAUUAAAAGACCCAUGAACGCGUUUAUGGUGUGGUCUCAGAUCGAGAGGAGGAAGAUCAUGGAGCAGAGUCCGGACAUGCACAACGCGGAGAUCUCCAAGCGCCUGGGCAAGAGGUGGAAACUGCUCAAAGACACGGACAAGAUCCCGUUCAUCCGCGAGGCAGAGCGGCUACGGCUCAAACACAUGGCAGACUACCCAGACUACAAGUACCGGCCCAGGAAGAAGGUUAAGUCCGGCGGGAGCAAGACGGAGAAGAGCGGAGACAGAAAAGCCGCCGUGAGCAAGAGGAGCCCGGCGUCUAAAGCCACGAGCAGGACGCACAGCAAGAAGCAGAUGGGGCUGGACUACGCGUCUCCCGGUGACCACCAGUCCCUCUUUAAGUCCCGCUCUGCCUCCGGAGCCAGACAGAUCCCAGACAAGGCGCGACGCAGCGCGGAGCUGAGCCCGUCCGCGGGAGUCCCGGCCAGUCCCACUCUGAGCAGCUCCGCGGAGUCCAGCGACCCCUUCAGCCUUUACGAGGAGCACAGCCCGGCCACGAGCGACUCCUCAUCCUCCUCUUCCUCCAGGUACGCGCGCGCCUCGUCCCCCACGCCGUCCGCCUCGCACUCGUCCUCCUCCGUGGCGUCUUCGGACGAGGAGUUUGAGGACGAGCGGCUGGACAUGAACCCGAGCCCGGGCGCGUUUGAGGCGGUGUCUGUGGGUGGAGGCGCGGGCGGCGUGGGCUUCACGGACCCGGAGCUGGACCGAGACUUGGACUGGAGCUUUGGGGAGUGCGGAGCCGGCUCUCACUUUGACUUCCCCGACUACUGCACCCCUGAAGUGAGCGAGCUGAUCUCAGGAGACUGGCUGGAGUCCACCAUCUCCAACCUCGUGUUCACCUACUGACACUGACGAGCCAGAGACAGAGACAGAGACAGAGACAGGGGCCGCUUUUGGGUCACUGAGUCUUUAAAGGGAGCAGCAGAGGAGAAGGUACGCACGCGCCCACACGCAUGGACAGACGGGCACGCGCAGAGCGGACAGACGCGCGGAGAGGAGAGAAGGGGGAGUGAACUAAAUGCUUAGUUUGCAUUUGUGAAUGUAGAGCAGCAGAGCGCAGUGAGACGCGCUCGACUCUUCUCAUGAACAUUGUUCCAUUUGGCUCGGGGCAGAGCACGUCACGUUGUUUUCUGAUGAUAUAGGCAGUUCACAUUGACCAUCAAGUUGCUAUUCAGGUGUUUUUUUCCUCCAGACAACACGCAUGAAGCCGGAGGAGUUUGUUUGUAAAUGUCCAUCGCUGCGUAAAUCUGCGCGUCCGUGUGACCAUGUCCCAGGACACAAUUCACUAUCACCAGCUUCUUUCAACGGCAGGACUUUUACUGAUUCCAAACUUCAGACUUGUAUUCUGAAUCUUUUGAAACUCUCAGUGCACAAUUCAGGACCAACGCUCCCCUCCCCCUGACGCAUCCUCUCAGCCCAGUGCUUCAACUUUGUAGUCCCUCUGUGUCAGACUGAGUUUCUUUUUAUAUUGAUGUAUUUAUACCGGCCAAACCUUUUUAUACAUAGAAGUAUUGUUCUCGUACAGGUCUCGUUGUGUUUGUGCACAUACACCUGUCUGUAUCCAGCGCAGGAGGAAGGAAGGGCUAGAAGUGUCUUUUAUUUCAUUCAAAAAUAUCUCUCACUUUUUCGGAGAUGUUGAGUGUGUCAUGAUUUUCUACUUGUAUUUUUGUACAAAAUCUAUGGGAGCGGGGGUUCCAGCAGCAGGUAGACGUUGGCUCUACAUUGGUGUGGCAGAGAGGGGUUUUGUUUGGCACAAUCUGACCUCACACAGUGUUUACAGUAUUAACCCACAUGCUUCUUAACGGCGCAGUGACUCCAUCUUUCACCAGCCAAUGAACACAGGCCAACGCAGCGUCUGAUUGGCCGAUAUUGCGCAGACCCCGAGAGUCACUGUUUUGUUCUGGAUAGAGCUAAUACCUCUGUGUGCUUUUUUUUUUCUUUUUUUUUUUAUCAAGAUAAGUUUUAUUUCCAAACCACUGGAUGACGUUCACACUCAUUCCACUUUGCCUAGACUCGGAGGGAGGGAGCUGUAUGAAGUGCUUCAUCUGUUAUUGCGCAAAUGGCAUCAAAAAAUAGUAUUUAACCUUUCUGUACCUGUUGGUUAAGUAUAGCAGGCUAAUUGUUUUCCUAUAUUAUGGCAUGGCAAAUAGCAUUUGUAUUUCAGAUUCAGGUAUAUGUAGCUAUAGCUGUUGUGUUUAAGAUUUUUAAAAGAAUAAUGACAUGAAGAUAUUUAUGUAACUGAGUGUACUAUAAACAAAGAUUGUGUGUUUUAUGUAAGAUGGACAGGCACUAGGUUCAGACGAUUGUGGUCCAGGAGUUUCCUCUUCUUCGUCCCCUCAGACCAUCUUUCUUCUAUUGUCCUAUUUUAUUUUUGGUUCCUCAUUUGUGCAAUAUGCUGUGUAUGAACAUGUUUUGUCUGAUCAUGCCAAUAUCAUUUUGUUGAUGUUUUUUGCUCUAAAACCAGCCAAUGUUUGGGUCAAUCACUGCCUCUCAGACCUCUGUACAGAUUGGUGUUCAGUUUUUUAUUUGUUUUUCUUUUCUUCCAAGAAGGAAAUAAAAUCAGCUGGAACUGAAAAGUGAAAAA